GCUCUCAAAGAACCUCAAGCCCUUCAUCUCUCCAUCCAAACAACUGUUCCUCAUUGCUUGUAGUUACAAACCAACAAUGACAGCCUUAGCGGAGAGGCUUUCCAACCAGUUUGUUCCGUUCCAUGUCCUGUUUGUCUUUCUCAUGAUCCUUCAAUUGGUCUCUUCUUUUAAUUCUGCUACUUAUGCUGCUUCUGCAACUACUAAAGUUGGAGAAGACGGAACUGAAGCUGCGGCUCUCUUGAGGUGGAAAGCUAGCCUUGACAACCAGAGCCAAUCUCUCUUGUUCUCGUGGGCUGGAAGCAAUCAUUGCAAUUGGGUUGGAAUCGAUUGCAAUAAUGCUGACAGAGUCACCCAUAUAGACCUUGAGAGUAAAGGCUUGAGAGGUACACUUUCCAGUUUUAACUUCUCUUCCUUCCCUCAUCUCCUCAGCCUUAAACUUCAUGACAACUCAAUCUACGGGACAAUCCCCUCAAAGAUUGGUAGCCUUGUAACACUCACCUACCUUGACUUGUCCAACAAUUAUCUUUCAGGAACAAUUCCAUCAGAAAUAGGAAUACUCUGUUCUCUCACAAUUUUGUAUUUUUAUGAUAAUCAACUUUCUGGAUCCAUCCCUCAUCAAGUUGGAAAGUUAAGGUCUCUCAUUGAAUUUGAUUUGUCAACAAACAAUCUCACAGGUUCAAUCUCUGCUUCUAUAGGGAACUUGACCAACUUGACCAUUCUAUACCUUUAUAAAAAUCAACUUUCUGGAUCCAUCCCCCAAGAAGUUGGAAUGCUAAGGUCUCUAAUUGAGCUUGAUUUGUCAGAAAACAUUCUCACAGGUUUGGUCCCUACUUCUAUGGGGAACUUGGCCACCUUAACCAUUUUACACCUUUUCAAAAACCGUCUUUCUGGACCCAUCCCUCAAGAAGUUGGAAUGCUAAGGUCUCUCAUUGAACUUGAUUUGUAUGUAAACAAUCUCACAGGUUCAAUCCCUCCUUCUAUAGGGAACUUAACCAACUUGACCAUUCUAUACCUUUAUGAAAACCAACUUUCUGGAUCCAUCCCCCAAGAAGUUGGAAUGCUAAGGUCUCUCAUUCAACUUGGUUUGUCAACAAACAAUCUCACAGGUUCAAUCCCUGCUUCUAUAGGGAACUUGACCAACUUGACCAAUCUAUACCUUUAUAGAAACCAACUUUUUGGAUUCAUCCCUCAAGAAGUUGGAAUGCUGAGGUCUCUAAUUGAACUUGAUUUGUCAACAAACAAUCUCGCAGGUUCAAUCCCUGCUUCUAUAGGGAACUUAACCAACUUGACCAUUCUAUACCUUUAUGAAAACCAACUUUCUGGAUCCAUCCCCCAAGAUGUCGGAAUGCUAAGGUCUCUAAUUGAACUUGAUUUGUCAACAAACAAUCUCACAGGUUCAAUCCCUACUUUUAUAGGGAACUUGACCAACUUGACCAUUUUACACCUUUUUGAAAAUCGUCUUUCUGGAUCCAUCCCUCGAGAAGUUGGAAUGCUAAGGUCUCUCAUUAACCUUAGUUUGGAUGGAAACAAUCUCACAUGUUCAAUCCCUCUUGAGUUAGGAAAACUAAACUCCCUAACUCAUUUGAAUUUGCAUCAUAACAAACUGACAGGCUCCGUUCCUUCAGAAAUGGACAAUCUUACGCAUUUGCAAAUCUUUGAGGUGAGCAACAACAUGCUCACAGGUCAUAUACCACGAAGUAUCUGCGUUGGAGGAUCACUUACCAAGCUACUUGCAUCAAACAACUACUUAAUAGGUGAUAUGCCAAAAUUCUUGGGAAAUUGCAGUCAGUUACGUCGAGUUAGACUUGAUCAAAACCGACUCACUGGAAAUAUAUCUGAAAUUUUCGAGGUACUCCCAAACUUGGUAUAUAUCGAUCUGAGUCAUAAUAACUUCUAUGGUGAACUUUCUAAAAAAUUGGGCAAGUGCCAUAAUUUGACUAGUAUAAAGUUCUCCAACAAUAAAAUCUCUGGAAAUAUACCACUUGAGUUUGGAGGUGCAAGUCAGUUGCAACUACUUGACCUCUCUUCAAAUCAUCUAGAUGGAGAGAUCCCAAAGAGUUUAGGAAAGUUGGCCUUAUUGUUCAGUAUUUCUCUGAGUGAUAACAAACUUUCAGGCAAUAUUCCAGUAGAAUUUGGCAGGCUAUCUAAUUUGGAAGAUCUAAACUUGGCGGCAAACAAUCUAAGUGGAUCAGUUCCAGUCCAACUAGGGGAGCUUGUGAAACUAUGGAACUUGAAUUUGAGCAAAAAUCUACUCGGGGAGGAUAUUCCUUCUGAAAUAGGCACAUUACAAUUUCUUCAAAGUCUUGACCUUGGAAACAAUUUGUUUAAAGGUGAGAUUCCACAACAGAUUGGGGAAUUGCAAAGCUUAGAGACAUUAAAUCUAUCCCACAAUAAGUUGUCUGGUUCCAUUCCAUCCUCUUUUAAUGGGAGAUCAAGUUUGACAUCUGUUGAUAUAUCUUAUAAUCACUUGGAGGGUCCUUUGCCCAACACCAAAGCCUUUCAAGAUGCUCCAUUUGAGGCAUAUGUAGGUAAUGAUGGUUUUUGUGGAAAUAAGACCGGUUUGAUGCCAUGCUCACGAAAAAUGAGCAAUGGGGCUAAAGACAAAAAACAUAACAAAGUUUUGCUUAUGGUCUUAGUUCCUGUUUUAGGAUUUUUAUUUUUUGUGGUUGUUGGGAGUUUUCUAGUUCUUCAAAAAAGAGUGGGAAACAAACAAAAUGAGCCUAAAAGAGAAAAUAUUGAAAAUUUGUUUGCAAUAUGGAGCUAUGAUGGAAAAAUGGUGUACGAAAACAUCAUUGAAGCAACAGAAGACUUUAAUGCCAAACAUUGCAUCGGUGUGGGAGGAUAUGGCACUGUUUAUAAAGCCAAAUUGCCAAGUGGUCAGGUUGUUGCUGUGAAGAAACUUCACUCUUCACAAGUUGGUGAGUUGGAUAACCUAAGGAGUUUUACAAGUGAGAUUCGUGCAUUGGCAGAGAUACGGCAUCGUAAUGUCAUAAAGCUUUAUGGUUUUUGUUUGCAUCGACGACACUCAUUCCUAGUUUACGAGUUCAUGGAAGGGGGGAGCUUAGGAAAGAUAUUGAGCAAUGAGAAAGAAGCAUUAGAUUUUGAGUGGAGGAAGAGAUUGAAUGUUGUUAAAGGUUUGGCAGAUGCUUUGUCAUACAUGCACCAUGAUUGUUCGUCUCCGAUCAUCCAUCGCGAUAUAUCAAGCAAGAAUGUUCUACUAGAUUCAAGAUACGUGGCUCACAUCUCUGAUUUUGGCACUGCUAGACUUAUAAAGCCUCAAUCAUCUAAUUGGACUUUGUUUGCAGGAACCUUUGGAUACGCAGCUCCAGAACUUGCUUACACAAUGGAAGUGAAUGAGAAGUUGGAUGUUUAUAGCUUUGGAGUUUUAAUCCUGGAAGUUCUAAUGGGGAAGCAUCCCGGCGAUCUCAUCUCAUCUAUUUCCUCAUCACCACCCACUGUUUAUGGUGUAUCGUUGAAAGAUAUACUGGAUAUGCGCCUCCCAUCUCCUGGGAAUCAUGUGGAAGAAGAAGUGGUCCUUGUUGUGAAGCUAGCAUUGGCAUGUUUACACACCAGUCCACAGUGCCGACCAACAAUGCGACAAAUUUCCGUGGCUCUAUCAAAACAGAGACCACCUCUGCAGAAUUCAUUUGACUUGAUUUCAUUAGGACAACUCUUUGAUGUCAAAUGUUCAACCUCCUGAGCAUUCUCCUUUUCCCUUUAUUGUUUUGUGUUUUUGUUUUUCUAUUUUUACGUUGAAAUUUUGAUUUCCGUUCUCUUUGUUAUCUAUUUCUCUGUCAUUUUCUAUGUUCAAAGUUGGAAACACGUUGAAAUACUGUUGGUAAAUAAAAACGUGUUCCAAAGGACAGGUGUGAAUAAGAUGAAGAGAAGGCUACUUGGUUA